AUGUCGCAAACAGCCGUGGUCCACGAGCUGCAGCAUCUGCACGGAGAUGGCGCAGCUAUCGCAGUCGUUGCCACUUCUGCUGCUGCACGGCAGUCCAUUAACGAGCCAGAAGAAGAAGAAAACAGCAGAUCGGGUUCGGAUGAUGCGCCGCAGCAGCAGCAGCUCUCGCUCUUCCGGCUAGGCACCAUCGCCGCCGCGAUAACGGGCGUCCUCGUCGCGAGCAGCAUGACGACCGGCCUCAUCACCGUCGCGCUGCCGACCAUGGCCAAGGAUCUGGAGAUCCCGGAGCACCUUCUGCUCUGGCCCGCCUCCAUCUACGGGCUCACCAGCGGCUGCUCGCUGCUGCUAGCCGGGGCUAUCGCGGACUACGUUGGCAGCCGGAUCGUGUACCUCGUCGGCUGCCUCUUCCUCUCGCUGUCGAUGCUGGCGAGCGGGCUGGCGCAGAACAGCACGCAGAUCAUCGUCUUCCGCGGCUGCCAGGGCGUGGCGGCGUCGUGCUGCCUCCCGACGGCCGUGAGUCUCAUGUCCGAGUACUUCCCCGGCGGGCGGCGCCGCAACGUCGGGUUCGCGAUCAUGGGCGCCGGGCAGCCGCUAGGGUUCUCGCUAGGGUUGUUCCUGAGCGGUUUCUUCGUCGACUCGAUUGGGUGGCGGUAUUCGUGGUAUCUGGCCGCAGCGGUGUCGAUGGCCGUGUUCGUCGUCGCCGUCUGGGCGCUGCCGCGGAAGCGGGCUGAGGUUAGGUAUUCAUGGGGCGGGCUGUUCCGGCAGCUGGAUGUGGUCGGGGCGGGCAUGGCGAGCGCGUGCCUGGGCAUCCUGUCGUACGUGCUGGCCAUGAUUUCGGAUGGCCCGUCGCAGAUCAAGCAGGGGAGGAACAUCGCGCUUCUCUGCAUCGCCGGCGCGCUGCUGCCGUCGUUCAUCUUCUGGAUGGACCUACGCACGAAGAGGAACAUGACGGCGCUGAUCCCCAACGCGCUCUGGAAGAAGACGGCCUUCUCGACCAUCUGCGUCAUGGUCUUCUUCACCUGGGCCGUCCUCAACGCCGUCAACUUCUACUCCAGCCUCUUCUUCCAAGACGUCCAAUCCCUCCCCGCCCUCCAAACCUCCCUCCGCUUCCUCCCGAACGCCAUCUCCGGCAUCAUCCUCAGCAUCGGCACGGGCAUGAUCCUACACAAAUUCUCAGCCUACUGGAUCGUCCUCGCCGCCUCCGUCAUCAGCGCGCUGUCGCCGAUGCUCUUCGCCAUCGCCGAGCCGACCUGGUCCUACUGGUACGCGCAGUUCUGGGCGAUGCUGCUGUCGGCCGUGGCUGUCGACGUGCUAUUCGUUGUGUCGACGCUCGUCAUCACCAACAUCUUCCCGCCGUCGACGCAGGCGCUGGCGGGCGCCGUGUUCAAUACGGUGGCCCAGUUUGGCGGCGCGGUGGGGCUGGCCGUCAUGGCGGUUAUUUCGUCGAAUGUGACGGAGCAGUCGGAUUAUGCAGUUAAGACAUCCCCGCCUGCACUGCUCGAGGGGUACCGCGCGGCGUUUUGGGCGUGCUUUGCGGCCAUGAUUUUGUCCGUGGGGAUUGGGUGUGCGGGGUUGAGGGAUGUUGGGAAGUUUGGCGUCAAGGUCGAAUAG